GUCAUUACUGAGGAGAGGUACACACACAACCUAGAGACUGACCGCCUGGUUGUUACUGAGGAGAGGUACACACACAACCUAGAGACUGACCGCCUGGUUGUUACUGAAGAGGUACACACACAACCUAGAGACUGACCGCCUGGUUGUUACUGAAGAGGUACACACUAAUCCAUAUUGUGAUAAUAAUAAUGUCUUCCAGGAGGAAGCUUGCCCAGCUGCAGCACGCCUACACCUGUCUGUUUAAGGACUAUGACUCCAAACUCAAGACUGAGGGAGGAGACAUGGUUGUUCGUCUGGAGGAGGCAGAGAGAGCUCUGGCUCUGAAACAGGAUCUGAUUGACAAGCUGAAGGAAGAGGUGGAGCAACACAGAGGAUCUCUAGAGACUGUUCCUGUUCUGACUGCCCAGGCUGAGAUCUACAAGGCAGACUUCCUAGCGGAGCGGGAGGCCAGAGAGAAGUUGAACCAGAGGAAGGAGGAGCUUCAGGACCAGCUGAACACAGCGUUGGCUGAGAUGGAGCGUCUGAAACAGGAGGGGACCUCACGGGCUCGGAUGGAGAAGAUGCAGCAGAGACACCUGGAGGUCUUCAGACCACCACGACCCCACAUCACCCCCAAUCAGGGAGUGCCUUUAACUCCUCCUCCCGCAGCGUGGGAUUGUCUGCAGAGGGAGUGGCUGGAGGCGGGGCUGAAGAGCUUCCUGACUACCGCUGUCCAAAGUGCCAGUACCAAGCCCCCGACAUGGACACACUGCAGAUACAUGUCAUGGACUGUAUCCAGUAACACACACACACUUAGACAGAUGUUUGGGGGGGGCUGAAACAACAGUAGCUCAUCAGCAUGAUGGCAUCAUUGUCAUAGACCCCUUUCCUUCCCAUCCCUCUCUACCAUAUACAGUCCUCCCCCACACCUCCCUCCAUAUCCCCUCUUUUUCUCUCUCUAUCCCUCUCUCCAUAUCAAUCUUUACAUAUUUUAUUUAUUUGACUAGGCAAGUCAGUUAAGAACAAAUUCUUAUGUACAAUGA